UAAAUGACUUGUUUCACUUUAAGAAAAUAUCACUUGGGAUUUACCUGCCAAGUUAGGUGAUCAAGCAGCUUUAUCGUUAGCAAUUUAGCCACUGCUGAUUGAAAACUGUGAAAAUGCAUUCCUCUGCUUUUCUUGUCCUGAGCUCGGCUUUGGUUUUUUGUCUUUCAUCACCUAUGCCCCCAACAGAUGUAGUUGGUAUAGAGACAUGGAAGGACAUUCCAGAUAUAAACAAAGGUUUAAAUCUCAGAGAAGGAGACAUCAAGAUGCCUACUCGAAGGAGCGCCAUUCUUGGGAAUCAGUACCGAUGGAAUAUUCCUGUCCCCUUUGAACUGAGUGUGAAUCUCAGUAUGAACUAUAAGGGAGUCAUUUUGAGAGCCCUUGAGCAAUUCAGACUGAAAUCAUGUAUUGACUUUAAGUACAGAACAGCAGAAGACAUUUCUUACAUCUCUGUGCAGAGUCUUGAAGGGUGUUGGUCAUAUGUUGGUCACAAUUUUGCAGGAGCUCAAACUCUUUCCAUUGGAAAUGGUUGUGGAAUUAAAGGCAUUAUUGAGCAUGAGUUUCUCCAUGCACUGGGAUUUUGGCAUGAGCAGUCAAGAUAUGACAGAGAUGAUUAUGUGACCAUCAACUUGACAAACAUCAUUACAGGGUAUGCAAAUAAUUUCAACAAAUACAGUGAGAACCUGACCACCACACAGGAUACACCAUAUGACUACUUCUCUGUAAUGCAUUAUGAUAAAAAUGCCUUCAGCAACGGUAAUGGGUACACCAUUAUUACCAAGCGUCCUGAGUUCCAAGAUGUGAUUGGUCAACGCCUGGACAUGAGUGAAUAUGAUGUGAUUGAACUCAACAAACUCUAUAAAUGCAAUUCAUCCAUCUCUUUCCUUGAUCACUGUAGUUUUGAUGAUGAAUCUCUGUGUCAGAUGAGCGUCUGUUCUGCUGCUGAUUAUGGCUGGCAGACAGUAAAGUCAGUGAGUGGGAUCAAUGUGACUGACCACACAAACUUGGGAAAAGAACAAAAUGGUGAUUCAUUCUUCAUGCACUUCAGCAAUAAGGAUAGAAAUGAGGGGGAUGCAGCCAAAAUGGAGAGCAAGACAAUGACCCCUAAAAGAGACUGCAAAGUCCAGUGCCUGCAGUUCUACUACUAUCACAGUGGUAAUGAGUCUGACCAGCUCAACAUCUGGAUCCGAGAAUACCAGAAUGAAGCAGACGGCAUAGGAACUCUCAGACUUAUGGAUCAGAUCAUAGAACCCCCUGGCAAUUACUGGAAGUUACACCAUGUGCCACUGAAUGCAAAUAAAACCUUCCAAGUUGUAUUUGAAGCCCGUAAAGGAGCUGGAAACUCCAGUGGAGGAUUUUCACUGGAUGAUAUCAAUAUUUCAGAGACCGAGUGUCCCCACACAUGGCAGAUAAGAGACUUUGAGAAGGUUAUGAACAAAAGUGUGUCUGGUACUAGGAUGUACAGUCCAUUGUAUUACUCCAGUGAGGGAUAUCGUUUUCAGGCUCUCUUAAUAAUGUAUCAGAAUUACCUUUCAAUAUAUGUUGGUCUGGUAUCCGGUGCAUAUGAUGAACAGUUGCAGUGGCCUUGUUAUUGGAGACAAAUAACCUUCCAGGUGCUUGACCAGAAUCAACACAUACAGAAGCGCAUGUCCUCUGAGAACAGCUUCACAACUGACCCUACUUUAGUUUCUUCCAAUGGCAGAAAUUACUGGGACAAUCCUCGAAAUAAUGGAACUCGAGUUGUCAUUGGCAAUGAGACUGUAUAUGUUGGUAUUUUUUGGGGAUAUCAAUAUGCCAUAAUGAAAGAAGAUCUCCCUAAAAGAGAGUUUAUCAAGGGUGGUGACAUCAUCCUUCUCUUUACCAUGCAAGAUAUCUCAGGGCUAUUUCAAUCUGACUUUAUACCCUGCCCAAAAGUGACAGUAAAGGAUUUCAAUGUUUCUUCUCAUUCAACUGCCCAGCUGGGAUCAUGUGCUACAAGAGCUCUUCCCACACCUCAAGCAAUCUCAACAACUUCUACACCUCAACCCACUGAGGGUGAAUGCCUGGACAUAUUUUGCAAUUCCAGUGCCAAGACUGUUUCCUCUCUGAUCCUCCUGGUUGUGUGUUUCCUUUUCUGGUGAAUCAAACAUGAGUAAUCACUAUUAACCACCACCCAGUGUCGGACUACACAAGAAUUCAGUGUCAAAGCAAGACAUCUGUCUUCAACCUUCUGCUAGGCAUUAUUUUAACAUUUUGAAAACAUCUAGUGACUAGAACUGCAUUUAUAGUGACAAAACCGCUUCUGAUUACAUGUAAUAGAGGAAAUCAGUUCUGUAUUCCACACUGAUUUCAUUGAGAAUGACUCAGUGAACAUUUAUACUGUUAAACAUAUAUUUGAAUUUAAUGAGAUGCUUACACAAGAAUACAUCUAUAGUUAUCAGUAAUGUUAAUUUUAGUCUACUGAUUUCCACGAUAAACUCUAUUGUUGCAUAUGGUUCACACAUUUUCCGAAUAGCUCAAGUUAAAUAUAUGAAAUAUUGCAAUCAUUGCAUAAUCAUUACUGGUUCUAAAUGACUAUACAAAAUGUGCCCACAAGAACUAUGUGAAUAUCUUGGAUGAAUCACAAACCAAUUUUGCAAUUAUUUUUUUGUUGUUGUUAUCCAUUUAUAAUCAUUUAUCAUGUCAUUUAACCACUUAUUGAUUUUUAUUUUCAUUCCCUGUGCUCUUGUAAUGCUUGCUAUUGUAGAUUAAUCAUUUAUUGCGGAUUUUAUGAUUAUGUGGUUUCAAUUUGUCUUUGUGAGAGACAAGGUAAAGUCUCAAUUUCAAAGUCAGAUGAUGAUGCUGUGAAACUAAUUUUCCAUUGCAUGAAUUCAGCACGUUAAAUUUGUUGUGGUCAGAUAAAGUCCAGCUGAGCACUGAAACUAACUGAGCUAAGAUUAUUCAAUAAAGAUCACUUCAUCUCAA